AUGACUGUACCCGUGCCAACGUCGAUGUCAGCUCGAGUCACCACCACAACACCGAGCACCGACACUCCCGACCCGUCCUCGACGACGGACAAGCCAAGAACCAUCACUGUGCCAACACUGCCCCCCGUCGCGUGUAAACCCGUGGCAACGUCAACGCCAGUACCAGCUCUAGCCACCAUCAACAGACCGACCCCUGCAACAAUUACCCCAGCUACGACUACCCUCGCCGCGACCACGGCAACCCCUACCCCCAUGACAACAACCACAACGCUAGCUCCUACCACAACGGCGGCUCCCACGACAACUUCUACCUUGUCGCUUGUUAGUGUGUGCAAAGAUGCGACCUAUGGUUUUCCUACUUCGACAGUAGGCACCACUCCAAUCUGUGGAGGGGAUGGCUGCUCUACUGGAGCCACUCGCUGUCCUCGCAAGGGUGAUGUUCCUGUGGCCGGCUGCAACCCUGGCAUUCCAUCUUGGAACGCAUCGUCCAAGAUGUGUGUCGCUCCGGAAGAUGCCGUGUGUGGUCUUGUGACCGGUAGCAACCAAACGGGCGGCACGUGGGGCUGUAUGUUUCCGUCCCAAGGGUGUGCAACCGCCCCCGCCACCACGGCGUCGGGCCCCGGCACGUGGGUUGUCCCAGUCGUCAAUGACACUUCGUAUGCCGUCGCUUCUACCUCCAAGACGUUGCUCUGUGGUGGCACUGGCGUGUGUGCUCCUCAAGGCACUUUGUGUCCGAAACAAGGCACGGUGUCCUCCGGUGCCCCAUGCAGCUCCAAUCUACCGUCGUGGAAUGCCGCAACGGGGACAUGCAUAGCCCCUAAUGACGCCGUGUGCACGUACGUGGCCAGGGUGUGGCAGUGUCAGUUCCGCCCUGCAACCACAAUCGCCCCCACGACCACCCAGAAAGUUGUCAUUGCAGUGACCAAGAUCCCCACCCCCACUAAUGCCACGUCCACAACUGUCGCCCCGACCACAACAUUUGUGCCAGUGUCCACCUUGGCGACAACAACAAGAACUGCAGUACCAAUUGUCACGGCUAGCAACAUUUCGACACCAACGAUGACACCGGUUCCCGUACAUGCGACAACUACAUUAGCUCCAUCUCCGACACCGAUAGAUAGUGGCAAUCUGUUGAAAAUGUUGCUGGAAUGGCUGUGGAACGCAGUCAACAGCACUGCGACGGCAGCGUCGUCCACAACGACUCAAUUAGACACUUCCGAUUGCGUGCCAUACCUCGCCAUGUUUGGCGACUCAUCCUCGUCCAUCGUCAACAGCAUCUGUAAAACCAAAAAGGGGUGCGCCAAAGGAAGUGCCGACCAGCCGUAUACCCUCGCGCCACCAGACAGCUACUGUCCUUCGUCCAUCUACUUUGGCCAAGUCCUGCUCGUGUGCUGUUGA